GCCUUUGUUUCACUGGAAGCAAACAGAAAAAUAAGCAAAUGGAUGUUGAUUAUUAUGCAGCAUUUUAAAGAGAAUCCCUGCUGCUGACAUGGACAUCCGUGCCGUCUGUCUGUCCUUCCUGCUGGUGACUAUGAGGCUGUCCAGAGGAGCUGUGGCCCCAUCGACCUGUGAAAAAGAUGAGCAGUGUGGUCAUCUCGAAUGCUGUGCCGUUAGUCUGUGGAAGAGCAAUCAGAGGAUGUGCAUCUCACUAGGAGUGGAAGGGGAUGAAUGCCACACUUUCAGCUUCAAGGUGCCGUACAGUGGGAUAAGGCAAGAGCACACCUGUCCCUGUCUCCCACACCUGACGUGCAAGUUUUCUUACGACCUGUUCAAAUGUAUUGAAGACUUAAAAAAGUAAAUAACAAAAUAACAAAUUUUCUUAUCUUAGAAAGGAAUCAAAAGAUAAUCACAAUAAAAUUGUGCUAAAAUCAUCAGCACUGAUUUGAUGACUGCUGCAGUGAUGAGCAUGUCCGAGUACAGAUGCUCAGACUCUUCAAUAAACAACAGAGAAAAUUAUGCAAUUUCUUUGUACUUUUGAAAGGUAAUAUGUACCGUAUUCAAGUUUGCUUAAUGCUUGUUGAGUGUUUCCAUGAGAAAAUCUGAGGCUUAAAGUUUAUCAUGUCUA